AUGUUCUUGACAAGAAGCCGUCGCCCGGAGCUGGUCAACACGCAGCAGCUCGUUGACGCGAAACGGAACGAAGCCAGCACAGAGGAACAUCUUCAGGCGCUGACGAAUCGGCAGCUCGGACGGCUGAAAUCUGAGAUCGUCCGGCUGCACAAGGUCCUGGAAGACACGCAGGACCAAAUCAACGCAUUCUCGAACGAGCUAAUGCGUGGCAAUGAGAAGUUGGACCAGUUCGCCCAGCUGGCGCAGGAGAAAUCACUGGACCAGGCACCCGAGCCGGCAGCUCCCAAGGCAUUGCAAGAGACACCUGCAGGUACGGCAGAGCCGGCUGCAGAGACGCCUGAGUUGAGCUCAAACACUGUGACCUUCACCUUCAAGCUGCCGGACGGAAGCGUCAAGAACAUCAACUUCGAUGCGAAGCCGCUGGGUAUGGACUUUUUCAAGACCACUCCUUUGUGUAUCAAAGCCGUGAAGCCCAAUUCCUUGGCAGAGAAGGCAGGCAUCCUCCCCCAGUGGGUCAUGACGCACACGCAGGGCGAGCCAAUGCCGGACGACUUGAAUGCAUCUAUCCUCAAGCUCUCUCAAGCUGUCAAAGACCUCAAGAAGGCUGCCAAUGCUGGAAGCCGCGCUGAGCCGCCCCUGUUCAAGCUUGAGAUGAACUGGAACCAAGAAGAGCUGGAGCAGUGGGCUAUAGCUGCAAGGCAGAAGGAGGAGGACGAGCUGACGCUCGAGAAAUACAGACGUGCUGAUGAUUCCAAGCUCCGGGAUUUUGCGGAGUUGGAGCGGUCGGUGUCUCUGUGUGUGUACAAUGCUGUACUACUUGACAUGACUCAGAGGAGUGCCACGACUUCGACGCUUGGUCAGCUUCUGAUGCACCGCCCACGAAUAUGUUCCUUUGGAAAGGAUACGAGGGAAAGAUGUGAGCUUCGUGAGGAUGCGCACUGCUGUCACAUCAAGCCUUCUGAUCCGGACUAUGGCCAGUUCAAGGGCAACGCAAGCCACAUGGUGCCCGGCUGGGUGGUCGUCGACUUAGACCUUCCGCCAGAGCAGCGCUGGGCUGCUGCUAUGAAGAACGCAGCGGAGCCCCUGAAGAAGAUGAUCACUCACUUCAAGUCCUUCGUAGGCGUGCUGUCCGAGGAACUCUUCAAGCUCAUCGAGGACUCACCGAAGUUCAAGAAGCUGGCCGAGCAGGUCUUGACGGACAUGGGCGAGUACGGCCUCGAGAUGCGCGGCAUUGCUAACGCCACAGGCAUCUCCGAGGAGGAGAUUUUGUUCGUCAACAUGAUGUAUGAGAUUGAGGGAGGGUGCACCUCCAUUGUCGCCCAAGAUGCAGAUGGCCAUGUGGUACAUGGCAGGAAUUUGGACUUCGGGCUUUUCUUCGGCGAAGACUGGAAGCAUCUGCAGUGGACGCUGACAGAGGACCUCCGGCCCCUUCUUCGCAACGUCCACUUUGUGCGGGGAAAAGCUUCGCUCUAUGACUCCACCGUCUUCCUGGGCUACGUCGGAAGCUUGACCGCCGUCAAGAAGGGAGGCUUCUCCGUCACCGUGAACACGAGGUAUGACAGCACCCACUGGGCGGCCUUGCUUGCCUUCCUUGAGGGCAAGGGCUCUGGCAACUUCUUGUCCUUGCUGCUCCGCGAAGUGUUUGUUCACAACUCCACCUACCCGGAGGCUUUGGACACCAUUCGCCAUGCCAAGCUGUUGGGUCCCGCCUAUGUCAUCAUUGGUGGCACAGCACGCGGAGAAGGUGCGAUCCUGGAGCGCAGCGCCACGAACGUCGUGGGCGAGCGGCUGCUGGCGGAUGAAGCUGCCAAGGGGAGAAACUCGGUGGUCGAGACCAACUGGGACUUCGGCAAGGAUCCCUUUUUUGAUGACCGCCGAAGCCCAGCGGAGCACUGCCUCUCCGAGCGCUUCAAUGAGAACAUCACCUUCUCAGGUUUGUUCUCCGUGUUGGCAGCGCGGCCAAACCGCAAUCGGCUCACAACCUACACUGCCCUGAUGAGUGCUGAGAAGGGCGAGCUCGAGGCAUACCUCCAAUUCUGCAAGGAGCUGGAGUGCGCCCCCUGGAAAGCCGAGACCCUGAUGGUCUGA